AUGUCAGAUUGGGAUUUUUUAAAUAAUAGUAGUAAUAAUAACAAUAGUAACAAUAAUAGUAAUGGUGUUACACCAUACCAAGCACAGAAUGGUAAAAGUAAAGAUGGAUUUUCACAUCUUUUAGAGGAUAAUUAUUUUGAUAGCAGCCCUAAAAAUACAGCUACUUCGAAUACAUCCAGUCCUCCAAACAAACAGGUGGAUACUUCAAAAUUCAUUACUCACGUUUUAACACCAAAAGAUACUCUCCAAGGUUUAUCAUUAAAAUAUAACGUUAAAGUAAGUGUGGUGCGCGCUAUAAUAGAGUAUCAUAUAAAUGAUUUAAAACGAGCAAAUAAUAUUUGGACACAGGAUUCAUUAUUUAUAAAGAAAACUAUAUUAAUUCCAGUCGAAUCAACUGAUUCAAAUUCUGACAAUGGUAGUAAUGGUAGUGGAAGCGGCGGUAAUAGUUUAAAUAGUAGCUCAAAUAAUAUUAGGAGUAUGGAGGGUGGUAAUAUAGGUAACAGUAGUAGAAAUAACAGUGCAAAUAGUUUCGAUAAUUAUUUCCCAGAUUUUGAAAAGAUGAAUAAAACUUUCAAUUCACAAGCUCAAAAAGAGAAACCUGUUCUACCAAAAUCAACAUUCAACAAAGCAAGUAAUGCGAAUACUGCAAAUGAUAUGAAUAACAAUGAUUUAAAUUAUAACUUUAAUAUUAGACCCAAUUCUACUUUAAGUUUUUCACCAGUAGUAAACAGUUUGGAUCAUAAAACUCAAACACAAUUCUCAUUAUUAGAUGACGAAUUUAAUCCACUUUAA